GCAACACUCUUGGCCAUGAAGUAGACACUCCGCAUGUUUCUUAUCCACAUAUAUACAGUUUUUAUGACGUUUGACUUCCUUAUCUUCUUCCCAACUCUUUAAGCUGUGACAAUCUAACACAAAUAACAAAACAGAAAUGGGGUCUGCGACCGUCGUUCUGUAUCCUUUUCCGGGGAUCGGCCACCUGGUUUCCAUGGUGGAGCUGGCAAAACUCAUCCAUACCCACCACCCUACAGUUUCUAUUGUCAUCCUCAUAAUCCCAGCUCCUUUUGAAACCGGCUCCACCGACAAGUAUAUCAACACCGUCUCUGGCACCACUCCUUCCAUCACCUUCCACCACCUCCCCACCAUCACUCUUCCACCAGAUUUCUCUUCUGAUUUCAUUGACCUUGCUUUCGGGAUCCCAGAGCUUUACAAUCCAAUAUUCCACGAUACCCUCAUAGCCAUCUCGGAGAAAUCAACCAUCAAAGCUGUAAUCCUUGAUUUCUUUUCAAACGCUGCUUUCCAAGUCUCUAAAAGCCUCAACUUACCUACUUACUACUUCUACACCAGUGGCGCUUCCGGCCUCUGUGAGUUCUUAUAUCUCACCACCAUCCACAACACCACUUCCAUGAGCAUUAAAGAUCUAAACAUUUACUUUGAUAUUCCUGGAGUGCCUCCCAUUCAUGCUUCGGAUAUGCCAAUGGUUUUGUUUGAUAGAGAAAGUAACUCGUACAAGAACUUCGUAAACACUUCUAGUAAUAUGGCAAAAUCUUGUGGCAUCAUCGCAAACAGCUUUCUGGGGUUUGAAGAAAGAGCUAUUGAUGCGCUCCGGGAUGGUAAAUGCAUCCCAGAUGGUCCAACUCCACCUAUUUAUCUAAUCGGACCUUUGAUCGCCGGUGGCAAUCAGGUGGAUCCUAGCGAAAAUGAAUGCUUAAAAUGGUUGAAUUCACAACCAAGUAAAAGUGUAGUGUUUUUAUGCUUUGGUAGUAUGGGUGUGUUCAAGAAAGAACAGUUGAGGGAAAUAGCUUUUGGGCUAGAGAGAAGUGGGCAAAGAUUCUUGUGGGUGGUGCGCAAUCCUCCACCAGAUGACGAAAAUGAGUCGAGUUCAGGUGCUAAAGAGCUCGAUCUUGAUGCCUGUCUUCCAGAAGGGUUCUUAGCCAGGAUUGGGAACAAGGGUUUGGUGGUGAAGAACUGGGCACCACAACUGGCGAUACUUGGUCAUGACUCGGUGGGUGGUUUUGUGUCUCACUGUGGGUGGAACUCGACUCUAGAAGCGGUGGAUGCUGGGGUGCCAAUGAUAGCAUGGCCAUUAUAUGCAGAGCAGAAGAUGAAUAGGGUGUUUUUGGUUGAAGAAAUAAAGGUGGCAUUAGCGGUGGAAAUGUCAUCGGAUGGGUUUGUAACUGCGGAAUCCGUGGAGGAGAAGGUGAAGGAGUUGAUGGAGGGCAAAGAAGGGAGAGUGGUGAGAGAAAGGAUUUUAGAGAUGAGCGGAAGAGCAAAGGCCGCGGUGGCGGACAAUGGCUCCUCCCAAGUCGACUUUUUUCAGUUAAUGCAGUCAUGGACAGAGCUGUAAGUGUAGAUAUCGGUGCGAGUUUUCUCCGAGUUGGGACAAGUUAUUUUCUUCCAAGCGGUUUCAUAUGGUAACAACUCGUUCUAUGUAUAGAUAAAAAAUGAGAUUCGUGCUCUAUGUAAGUUUCAAAUUGUCGACUAGCAAUAAAUUCUACCAUAGUUUUAAGUUAGAUCCGGAUGGAUUUGAUCUUUGAGGUGUUACACAUAUAAUUCUUGGUAUGUUCAAAACCUGGCUUGUUGGCUUUCCU